AUGGCACCAAGCCCAAAACGUCAAUCUGAAAGGAAAUCUAAGUCCCAGUCGGGUAAUAAAGUGCUUACGAAGCCUCGUUUGGCUCCCAAUCGGCGAGGUAAAGUCAUAAAUAAUAUUAGUAUUAACGCUUCUCCCGAUAAAGGGUCUUCAUCCACGGAGGAAUUGGAGAGUGAAGAAGUAAGCUUUGUCCAAAGCUGCUCGCAGGGUUUGAGGGACCCCGAUGAAUCAAAUACCUCUAAAUGUUGGACAAAUUCUACCUCAGGUAAUUUUGAAUUUCCCACCGAUGAUAAUGACAUAUCCGAAGAAGAUUUAAGUAUGGAUAUUGUCAUUGAACCAUCUCUCGACAUAUCCACCAACAUUAGUGACGCGAAAACUAGUGCUACACGAAAAGGGAAAAAAGAUGGCGACAUACGCGUCAUGCUUUACCCUGAAACGCUAAUAAAAUAUGUUGGACCAGGCAAGAGAAAGGGGACUUCAUACUAUGAAUGCCUUAUUGGACAAUGCAAAAUAAAGCCAAAGGCACUAUCAGCAGUGAACAAUUCAAGAGGCAACAUAAGAAAACACAUUUCAAUCAAGCACAAUAAAGAAGAUCUUGAAAACUUCAACAUCCUUUGCAAAGAAAUUGACAGUGCCAGUGUCAAAGGGAAACGAUUUUGUUCACUACAGCAACCGCAGGCAACUGCAGCAACAUCAGAACAAACCCAAACAAAGCUAUCGUUUAGUGGCUACCCACGCAUUUUAACGCAAGAAAUGUUUGACAACUAUAUCGUGGAAUAUCUCUGUGACGCUGUUUUACCGGUGUAUCACACUGAACGACCGGAAUUUAGGCUUUUCUUGCGCAGACUAUGCCCUCGUCUUCAAGUCAAAAGUAGAGGAUACUAUAGGAAAAAGAAGAUGAAGCUAAAGGAAAAACUUAAUCAAGCAAAAUGGCUCUGUACUACUGCUGACUGUUGGUCGUCCCGACGAAAGAGCUUUUUGGGGAUGACCAUACAUUGGAUUUCUGAAGACUUUAAGCGAGAAUCCUAUUGCCUUGCAAUUCGAAGAGUUCAAGGUAAGUGUGAUUAUGACCUUCUCGCCCGACUGAUAGAGUCCAUUCAUGAAGAAUAUGACAUAACGUCAAAAGUCGUCGCUACUGUCACUGACAACGGAAGCAAUUUCGUCAAAGCCUUUCGGUUGUUUUCCGUUAAAGUGCCUUCAAUAAAUACAGUAGCUUCGGUGGAUGUAGCUUCUGAUUCUGAUCAAGGACCAGCUAAGUCUUCGCCAAAAGCUGGCUGCAGCUUUAGACAGCCCUAUGAAAACGCCUCUCUCGUGAAAAUUCUUGAGGAAAUGGAAUCAGAUUUCUCAGAAAGUGAUGUCGAAAACGAGGAUAUUGCAGAACAUUUGCCUUCUGAUGCUUCAGCAGAUUUCGAAAACGUUGAUGAAGUCCAUGAAGACGACGCACAAUUUUGUUUUUUGCCGUUAACGGAAACUUUGGAUAUCAAAGACAAUGCCCAAGAUAUCUAUUCUCUUCCGACUCAUCGCAGAUGCGCAUCCCAUUCUUUGAAUCUCAUCGCGAGCAAAGAUAUGCUGUGGAAAAAGCAAAAUCGAAGUACAAAAGCAUCGGAUGUCAUCCAGGCAAAACUCAAAUUGUUGUUUGUAGUCCAUAAUGAGACCCGUUGGAACUCAUUUUUCGACGCCGUUGAACGCAUAAGAUACUUCAUCCACAACAAGAAGCAAGAAUUAAAAGAAGUAUUUGAACACUUCAAUAUUCCCUAUUUCCGUCCAGCCGAAGAAGAAUAUAUUAAGGAAUUUGUCAAAAUCAUGCGACCACUGGCAGACGCAUUAGACGUCCUUCAGGCUGAUCGCAACGUUUCAAUGGGAUAUUUGCUACCAACUUUGACGAUUUUGAAAAACAAAUUGUUGGAAUUAAAGCGAACGCCUGGCAUUGUUCACUGCAAAUCCUAUAUUACGGAAAUAAUAGCAGCUGUAACCAAAAGAUUUAAUACCUGCUUCCAGGACGAUGACCACAUCCUAGCUGCUAUUUUACACCCUAAAUUUAAAAUGUCAUGGGUCAUUGAGGAAAACAAAUCGUACUUUAUGGACAAAUUGCUUGCUCAUCAUGAAACUUUUGCUGUCAGCGCCAGUACAAUCAGCGCAAACAGGUCGCCUUUGCUGUCAGAUCAAAGUGAAGAAAACGACUUAUUUAGUCCGAAAAGAAAAAAAGAUUUUUUCCGCUCUUUGACCACCACAAACGUCAAAAAUUCCUACAACGAGGCCGUAGCCUUCAUGGGGGAUCCUUCGACAACAAUUUCCAGCCUUAGGAAAUAUCCGUCCAUUAAAGAGAUGUAUUUGAAAUAUAAUACUGCCCUACCCUCUUCUGCUUCCGUUGAGCGACUUUUCAGCGUAGCUGGAACUAUAUUUCGGCCAACAAGAAAUCGUCUUUCAGACGAAAACUUUGAAAAAAUGUUGUUUUUAAGGGCCAAUAAUUCAUUGUAA